AUGGCGGGCUGGGAGCCCUUCACGGCCGUGCUGUCCGCGCUGCGCCGCUGCUACGCCGAGGCCGUCCCGCUGGAGACCUUCGUCCGGCGGCUGGGGGACGGCGGCGCCGGGGACGCCGAGGUGCUGCGGCCCGGCGACGUCCCCGGCUACCGCACCUUCGUGGGGCAGUGCCUCGUGUGCGUCCCCCGCGGCGCCCGCGCCAUCCCGCGGCCCUUCACCUUCCAGCAGUUAUCUAGUCAGAGUGAGGUGACCACAAGAGUCGUUCAGAGACUGUGUGAAAAAAAGAAGAAGAACAUCCUCGCGUAUGGAUACUCCUUACCAGAUGAAAACAGUUCUCAAUUCCCAGUUGUUCCGUUUUCAAAGAUACACAGCUACCUACCCAAUACUGCCACAGAAACUCUUCGUAUCAGCGGCUUCUGGGAGACACUGUUGAGCCGGAUAGGGGAUGAUGUGAUGAUGUAUUUAUUGGAACACUGCGCAGUCUUUAUGAUGGUUCCCCCUAGUAAUUGUUACCAAGUUUGUGGGCAACCGGUUUAUGAACUUAUUUCACAUAAUGUAGACUCAUCCCUGGUGUUUGUUAGACAAAGGUUCUCAAGGCAUAAACAUACUAGCUUGAUAAAAUAUAUACGGAAAAGGCUUAUGUUUCAUAGAAAUUAUCUUCUAAAGCUAUAUGUGUGGAAAUACAGACGAAGAUUUGAAAAUAGUGUCUUCAGAUUGAGAAAUGAAGGAAAUAAGAAGAGACAAAGUCUAGUGCCUACUGACCACCGUUCUGCAAAAGCUGAAAAACAGAGUAGCUCCAGUUCACGUGUUUCAGCUACAACUCCAUCUCUGAAAAGGAGGAUUCAUAGAGAACAACAUGAAAUUCCAGCCAAGAGAGCAAAAAUAGGGGAGAAAGUGAGAGAGGAAAAGGCUUGUAGUCUUGUUGCUGAUGUAAACCAAAGUAGUUCCAAGAGAUCUGAAACUGGGUAUGUAGCACCCUUUUCCGAAAGUGUCAUUAAAACCCCCCAUAUUUCUGAAAGAAGUAGCAGUACCGUGUCUCGUCGUUCUUUGGUUCACACAUCUCGUGGCAGGAGGAAGUUUGUGGCAAGUAAAAGCUCUCUUCUGCAGAGAGUUCAGACUAACAAGCCUUUAGAGUCCAACACUGAAGUGCAAGCAGAAUCCCAUAGGAAAAGAGUAGAGAUACAUAUGUAUGAAUCUCAGUUGUCUUCAGGACAAACCAAAUCCAUGGAGGGUACUUCAAAAUGCAGAGGGCAAGAAAGUCCCCAGUCUCAAUUAUUGAAGAAGUUACCUAAUAGACUCCUGAGUUCUGCAGUAUACAUUGAGAGGAAGUCUCUUCUGUAUUCUUGCAGGAGUCUCCAAGAAUGUUUUCCUAAAUCAUUUGUAUUGAAUUGCUUGCAGGGCUCUCAGGCAGGUGGAAGACUGCUUAUAGAAGCUAUAUUCUUAAGCCAAAAUCAGGUGCAGCAAAGGCAUAACCAAAGUCUGCCAGAACACAAGCGGAGAAAGAAGAGGUUGCCCAAGCGCUACAGGCAAAUGAGGCAUACAUUUCAGAACCUGCUAAAGAACCAUGGAAAGUGUGCUUACCUAGCUCUCUUGAGAAAAAAUUGCCCCAUUCGGAUAUCUGAAAUCAGCAUGAGAAAAAUCAUGCUGUCUUGUCGGGCAGCCUUGCCUGGGGAAGCAGAGGUUCAGAAGCAAGCAGAACAGUUUGGGAAAGUGCCUGCUAAGUGUGUGAAAAGCAGCAGAUGUCAGUCUGGUCACACUGAUGUACCAGACAACUUAGAUGCUCCCAUUCCAGAAUCUGUGUGUGAGGAGUCACCACCAAGUGAGGAGCAAAACCUGGUAGAGACACAUGAUUCAGCCCUCAAGGAACUCCUCAAGCAGCACAGCAGCCACUGGCAGGUGUACAUGUUUGUGAGGGAUUGCCUGGAGAAGGUCAUCCCUUCUGAGCUUUGGGGUUCAAACCACAACAAGUGCCGGUUUCUAAAAAAUGUCAAAAUGUUCAUUUCUGGGGGAAGGUUUGCUAAGGUUUCGUUGCCGGAGUUGAUGUGGAGGAUGAGAGUGAAUGACUGCAUGUGGCUUCGUCUAGGCAAAGGUGAUCACUUUGUUCCUGCCGAUGAACAUUGCUUCCGUGAAGAACUUCUGGCCAAAUUCCUGUACUGGAUGAUGGGUACCUAUGUUGUUGAGUUGCUCAGAUCGUUUUUCUAUGUCACCGAGACCAUGUUCCAGAAAAACAUGCUCUUCUACUACCGAAAGUUUAUUUGGGGCAAGUUACAGAACAUUGGAAUUAGAAACCAUUUUGUCAAACUACAGCUACGGCCUCUGUCUUCAGAGGAGAUUGAAACUAUCCGUCAAAAAAAAUUUGUUCCAAUGGCAUCAAAGCUCCGGUUUAUUCCCAAACGAAAUGGGUUGAGACCUAUAGUAAAAGUGAGCGGUGUUGUCGAACCACGAGCACUCAGCAAGGAAAGCAGAGAAAAAAAGAUGAAUUGUUACAACACUCAGCUAAAAAAUCUGUUUAGUGUGUUAAAUUAUGAACGGACUAUAAACACCAGUUUUAUAGGCUCUUCAGUGUUUGGGAAGGAUGAUAUCUACAAGACAUGGAAGCAAUUUGUUAAAAAGAUUCUUCAAUCUGGUGGUGAAAUUCCUCAUUUCUACUGUGUAAAGGCUGAUGUGUCCAGGGCUUAUGAUACCAUCCCUCACAAUAAACUUGUGGAAGUGAUUUCGCGGGUCCUGAAGCCUGAGAAGAGAACCGUGUACUGCAUACGGCGCUAUGCUGUGAUUAUGAUAACCCCAAGUGGAAGAGCCAAGAGGCUCUAUAAGAGACAUGUUUCUACCUUCAAGGACUUUAUGCCAGACAUGAAGCAGUUUGUGUCCCAGCUUCAGGAGAAUGUCUCAUUGCAGAAUGCAAUAGUAGUUGAACAGAGCUUAACGUUCCAUGAGACAAGUUCCAGCCUGUUUAAUUUUUUCCUUCAAAUGAUACAUAACAGCAUCCUGAAGAUUAGGAACAGGUUCUACUUACAGUGCUGUGGAAUUCCACAAGGCUCCAUUUUGUCAAGCUUACUUUGCAGCUUAUUCUAUGGAGAUAUGGAAAACAGAUUGCUCUCUGGAAUACAGAAGGACGGAGUCCUAAUACGUCUCAUUGAUGAUUUUUUGCUGCUUACACCACAUUUAAUGAAGGCAAGAACUUUUGUAAGGACUCUAGCAACAGGUAUUCCUGAGUACGGCCUUUUAAUAAACCCAAAUAAGACAGUGGUGAAUUUUCCUGUUGAUGAUAUCCCAGGAUGUUCCAAAUUUAAACAGCUGCCAGAUUGUCGUUUGAUCCCGUGGUGUGGUUUGUUACUAGAUAUAAAAACACUCGAGGUUUACUGCGAUUACUCCAGUUACACCUGUACUUCUAUCAGAUCAAGUCUUUCCUUCAAUUCAAAUAUAACAGCUGGGAAAAACAUGAAAUACAAACUGAGUGCAGUCCUCAAACUGAAAUGUCAUAGUUUAUUUCUUGAUUUACAGAUCAACAGCCUUAGAACAGUUCUCAUUAACAUCUACAAGAUAUUUUUACUCCAGGCUUACAGGUUCCAUGCCUGUGUUAUUCAAUUUCCAUUCAACCAGCAAGUUAGAAAAAAUCCUCGUUUCUUCCUAAGGAUUGUUUCUCAGACUGCAUCAUGCUGCUAUGCUAUCCUGAAAACAUUAAAUGCAGGGAUUGCUGAAGGUAACAAAGAUGUAUCUGGCAUAUUCCCUAUUCAGGUAGCAGAAUGGCUCUGCUACCAUGCCUUCAUUGUCAAACUGUCAAAUCACAAAGCUUUUUACGAAUGUCUGCUUAAACCCUUAAAAGUCUGUAAGAGGAGGCUAAUCAGGAAUGUCCCAGAGGAUACUGUGGCACUACUGCGGGCAGUGACAGAACCAUCUCUUCGUCAAGAUUUCAAAGCUAUCCUGGACUAACUGAUUGAGGUUUAGUUCAUAAUUUUCCCACAUUUGAAAAUAAAUACUGUGUCUUUGGGUGACUUCUCUGUAGUUUAUUUUGGUAGAGUGGCCCAAAAGCAAGUUCACUCAGAAGUUUUAUGUGUUUGCUUCUUAGAAGACACAAAAAGAGCAGACAGUUUUGUUAAUACCUUCUUGUUUGGGUUUUUGUUUGUGGGGUUAUUUUUGUAAAUUCACAGGCUGUUUGAAGUAAUUUACUUGGCUAUGUUCCAUGAUUCCCAUCUUCUUGAUGGAGGAAUCAUUAAACUAUGUUCUGUAUAAAAUUAUUUAUUUUUUUGUUUCAGUGAGUUGUC